AGCGGAUUUAAAAGAAGUUGGAAAUCGUCUGGCAAAUCAGUGUGACAUUGGAUGUCGAUCAGAAAAGGUCUUUUAAAACUCUAUACAAAAAAAAAAAAUUUACAAGAAAUCAUCAUGAAAACGAUCGUGUGCUUGUUUGCUCUCGUCGCAGUCAUUGCUGCCAGUUCUAUUCCGUUGCCCAUUGGUUCCCCGGUGGUGAAUCGAAAAGUGAGAGCUGCUGAAAGUGCAUCUCAGGAAAAUGCACCAGUGCAGGCUGCUGAAUCUUCUGCGGAUGAUAUGGAAGGCGCAGAAACUAUCGGAUUAGGGUUCCAUAAACAUAUACACGUUGUGCCUUCGUAUGGCGGUUACUAUGGCGGAGGUUAUCCCUACAAUGGAGGAUAUGCUAGAUACGGCGGAUACGGAGGAUAUGGUGGAUACGGUGGAUACGGAGGAUAUGGAGGAUACGGUGGAUACUGAGGAUACGGUGGAUAUGGUGUAUAUGGAGGAUACGGUUAUGGCGGUUACCCAUAUUACUAUUAGUGGUGUUCUAAACUAAUUGAAGUGAACUUCUUAGUGUGCAAUAUAAAACUGUCGACCGAAUUCAAUUCAAAUUGUAUAAAGUACAUUAGAAAUUAUAACAAUAAACAACAAGAUGUUGAAUAAACAUAAAUCGAGAAUCAUAAAAA